UAAAUAUCUGAUUAUAAGCUUAAUUCUGCAUGAUUGGCACAUGGGUUAAUUCCCGAACGCGGCGUGGUUGCAUGCCGCGCAAGGCUCUUGUCGAUGGACCUUGUUGACAUCUAGAUCAAAAAGACCCUGUUCUAAUAUAGGUAGUCAUUGGCUCUCUCAUUUGGGUUGCCUUCGUGACCUUGCUUGAGUCCCCCGGUUAUAAAGCUAGAAUGAGGUCGGAAGGUCCUAGGAACCUCACCGUCAGUUACGCCAUGCUCGCGAUGUCAAGGCUGGAAAGUUUUAACUGCUUACCGCUCCCGUUCACGGAUCUUCGGGAACCAUGACCGUCUUAUCAUACCUAUAGGUCGUCAUGUUCUCACAGAUGCUCCCCACGACGAGAGUCGGGCCGGGGAGUGAGGAUUAAGCGAGCCGUCUUCCCAGACAUCUCAGAGGCGUGGAAGUUGUUUGCGCGGGUACCUGAAUAUAAAUAUGUUAAGUAGAAUAUGUCGGUCGCGGCCUUGCCGCCGCCACGACUCCUUCACCUUAGUCGUAGAGCUGUUUAUCUACGCAUCGAGCUAGUGAAUCGUUACUUAUAGAGCGUUCGCCUAUGGUGGUAAUAUAGGGGUAUAGGCUAAAGUGACUAGGACUAUAAAUCUAUCUCACGCGCCACAACCACGGACCUACUAUACUAUCUACUCGAAAUUCAUAGACGGCGGUAUGGGGUUAAUUAUGCUGCAAUUUCUGAUUUUCGCCACUCUCUUUUCUCUAGGUUUUGCGGCUAGAAGCCCUGAGCUCGUUGAAGGCGCAUUUAUCAUUGAGCUGAAUAGUAGCGAGGUGGAAGACGGCAUUUAUCCGGAGCCCCUAGAUCGGCAUGCUGAAUUUCAUAAGCAUGCGGAGAAUUUGCCUUUUGAAUAUGCGGUUGCGCACGAGUACCGGUCUCCGGGGACCUAUGUCGGCUUGUCAAUCCGAGUCACUGGGAACAGUGACUCUGAAGCCGUUUCUGCCCAGCUCAAUGAUAUCCCCGGCGUGGUAUCGGUGAGCCCUGUGUAUGAAAUGUUCUUGUCGGAUCCUGGUCUCCCGGAGGGGUCGGUCAACUCAAAGAACCUAGAUCUUCCUUACGCAGAUACACCGGCAAUGCCGGCAGUAUCUCCGAAGUCCGAUGGAGAUCUCGCCUCGACUCAUAAAAUGGCAGGAGUUGCUAAGCUGCACCAGCUCGGAAUUAAAGGCAAGGGUGUUAAAGUAGGGAUUGUUGAUACCGGAGUCGAUUAUCGGCACCCAGCCCUGGGAGGCGGUGUUGGCGCCGACUUCAAGAUUGCUGGAGGUUGGUCCUGGCUAGCUGACAAUGGUACCGCGGUCGAGGACGAUAACUUUCUUACUACUUGUUACACGGCAGGCCAUGGAACGCAUGUUGCGGGAAUCGUUGGCAUGAACCCGCUUACAGAUGGAAAUAGAAAAUUGAAUAUUUCUGGUGUGGCCCCGGAAGCGACACUGUACAUUUAUAAAGUGUUUGACUGCUCGACACAUGGCGAGACAACUGAUCGUGUCAUGGCAGCGAUGUUACGAGCGCAAGCGGACGGUGUUGAUGUGAUAAGCAUGUCAUUAAGCAUUCAAGAGUCGUGGCAAGAUCGAGAUGAUCCCUUGAUGAAUGUUGCUGCGCGUUUGGUCGACUCGGGAAUCGCUGUUAUUGUUGCCCAAGGAAAUGAGGGCUCUGGCAGCAAGUAUGCCCCUCAAUUAUACCGAACAUCGACACCCGCGGAGCUUUCGUCUAUAAUAUCCGUUGGGUCAAUCGCCAACAAAAACUUCCCACUUGUUUAUGCUCUUACUGACUCCCAAGGUGCCACAAUACCUUACGCGUCUUUAUGGCCCAUCGAAUUCCCAGAUGGUCUUGAGGUCUACUUGCUCGAGAGUGGCUGUUCUGGAUCUAGUACUUGGAAUGAUGCUAUAUCGUCUUUAGACACCCAGGGGAAACUCAAUACGACGAUAAUCGCAUUUCCAAUAACAGACAGUUGUCGUUAUACCGGUGCUGGGAGUUGCUGCUCAAAUCGCAAUUUACGAUACAUAAUGGGACUGUACACUGAUACAUCAGACCCAUAUCACGUAGACUAUGAGAUGGCCUCCACCGGGUUCUUCGGUGACGGCUCUGUCCAAUACAUCGCGAUAAACGCGAAUGACAGCGCGACACUCUUGGCGAACCUGAAUAGUACCGAAUCCGACCAGUAUAAACUGUUUUUCAACGACUCUUCUUUCUCUAGCCCCCAACAGCACGUUGGUGGCCAAAUGGAUUAUUACUCGAGCUUUGGACCUAGUUACCUCACAUACGACUUAAAACCCCAAAUAUCAGCUCCGGGGGGCCAAAUCCUCUCGACUUGGCCAUUAGGAGACCAAGGUUAUUAUACUAUCCUUUCAGGGACGUCUAUGGCAACGCCGUUCAUUAGCGGCUGUUAUGCUUUAGUUAAGUCCCAAUUCCCGGAUCUAUCCGUUCGAGAAAUCCUUUCACUUCUACAGUCGACGUCAACUCCGGUUAGGUGGGUCUGGAACGACACCAUGACCGCGGGCACAUUUCAGCAAGGCGCCGGCUUGGUUAAUGCCUACAAAGCAAUUACGUAUAAAAGUCGCAUAUCGCCUGGUCAGCUUCUCGUAAGCGACACUUCUCGUACCGAGUAUGGUGUAGUAAACAUCACCAUCGAAAACCGUUCCGACUCGCCUAAAACAUACACGCUGUCUCAUGAAGGUGCCUCUUACUCCGAACCAAAUCCACCCAACAAUCCUGUCUAUUCGCAAGAGAAUCAACUUCCUGUUUAUGGAUCUGCCGAAUUUGAGUCGCCAACUGUCGAAAUUGCGGCGGGCGAAUCUGCAGUUGUCUCAUUCAGGAUCCUACCUCCCACCGUCGGCGUUAAACCCGAGCGGAUCCCUGUAUUUGGUGGUUUCGUCAAAGUAAACAGCGACGAUGAAGAAUUUAGUGUGCCAUACUCUGGUCCACCCUAUUCCUUAUAUAACGCGCGCUACUUCCACAUCGUCAACGCGACUGCGAACACAGUCCCUCAGCCACAAGUAUCCUACAAAUAUGGCGAUGAUUGGGUGGUCAACACCGGACUCCUCGAAGCCAACGCGACGCUAUCAUAUCGCUCGCUAAUCGGGCGCGACCAAUUCACGCGCGGAUAUCGCAUUGAUCUCGUGCCCGCCAACAUCAACGUGGUGCCGGAUUUAUACGGUUUCGAUCCAUCCAAGACAUAUGAUUACAUCCCACCUACCGCAACCCCGCCAACCAGGAUUUUCAAUUUUCCGUCUUACGGAACGCUGGUUAACUCAACGGAACUUCUAUCGCCGUCGACGUUCAAUUGGCCACUGGGUAAGGGUCUUACGGCUACUCUAGAAAAUGGAACUGAGUACUCGCCUGGUCCGGGCGAUUAUAGGUGGUUCGCUACUGUGCUGCGGUGGGGUGGUGAUCCUGGGUUGCUGGAAGACCAUGAAACUUGGCUGUCAGCUGUGAUUAGGUUUGUUGAUGGGCCGGUGAGCGAACCAUCGAGUACUUAGGGAAGAAGCUGGCAAAUCGUGAUGGGCCGUAUAGAAUAUUAUUUCUAACGAUUGCUGUGGUUUGCUGUGAUGUUUUCAGGAAUUGGUGUUGCUCUUUUUAUAGCAUCAGCAAUUUGAGUGGUUGACCCCCUGCAUUUAU